CUUAUGAUCUUCAUGUUGUACAGAAGACAUUCUUAUUGAUACUACCCAUGGGCAACACCUUCUUCUAAUUACCUUCUCUACAAGGGGGAUUUCAUCAUCAGGGUUCCUGCUCUUUGUGCGUGCAUAUAUAUAUCUGCUCUCACAGAUACAUGAAUACACAUUUAAGCUAAGUGUACUGCACUACUUAGACCGGCUGUGAAACAAGUCAAGAACCCAUGUCUGCCAUGAAGAUAACAGGCGCCUUUGUGCUCUUCACCCUGGUAGUUCUUUGCUUAGCAAAUGCUGCCAAAGAGAAUGAGGUAGACUGCAGCGAAUACAAGAGGUUAGAGAGAGGAAGACCUAUUUACUGCGAAAGACUCUAUCAACCCUUUUGUGGCUCUGAUGGGAAAACAUAUAACAACAAAUGUUCUUUCUGCAAAGCAGUCCUGAGAAGUAGAGGUGCCUUACAUAUGAAGCAAGCAGGGGUAUGCUGAAUGAAUUCUGCAUGACAGAGAAGAGUGCUGAGAACAGCUUUACACUGCUGUAUCACAAUCUCUUAAUUUCAUUCAUCCUGCCUGUUCUGAUGAUGGCGAACAAGGCACAAAGUAGGCUUUUCAGCUGUGCUCUGUCAUUUGCUGCUUCUCUCUGCUCCAGAGUAUUGGGAUUGACACUUCUGUCCUCCCUGCAAAGCACUUCCUCGGGAUUCUCAGGAGCAUUCCCAUUUCUGUAGCAAGUUGGUUUUCACAUGAGCCCUUCAUUAUAUAUUUGUCUCCACGGUUUAAGUUCAAAUCUUCUGACAAUGCCACCUGAUCUUAGCGGACACAAGUCAGUGCAGGCAUUGCCUCUGUUUUCCUUGUUGGUGAAGUGUUUUCUUUCAUUUACUCAGAAACUUUUGCAGAUACUUUUUUUUUUUUCCAAAGGCUUCAGCUUUCCUAGGCAGUGCUUUGACUCUUCCAGUUUUGUAGCUAAAUUUUAAAUGCUCAUUUUUCUGCUAACUUUGUACAAUUUUGAUUCAUGUAUGUUGUUUAGCUACUUAGUCUGCAUGUUUAUUAAAAUAAAUGUUGACUCUUUUUUUUUUUGUCCGUGGUGACCUUUCUAGAGAAUAAGUUUAUUGCAUCCAUUAUUCACAAAUGAGAUUUCACAAGUUACAGAAAAUAAUCAUAGAGCAGGAGCUAGGGCCAGAGGCAAAAGAAACAAAGCCUGGAAGACAAAAGUUGUCUUCCACUAGAUGGCCUCAUGUUACUGUAAUUUACCCUACAAUGUGGCUCUUUUUUUCCUUCAAAUGAAACAACUCUGGUAAAUUGUAAGACUGUGUAAGCUUCAUAGCAGUGUCUCUGUUAAAUCCUGUCAUUUAAAUGUGAUCAUUAAUGAUUUUCUUCAGUCUGAUAAAUUGGCAGCUUUCAGACCUGAAGAAAUUUCUGUUCUGCUCUUACAACCUUAUUAUCUUCAUUAUUAAGAUAGUUUAUGUCUUUUACACUUGAAUAGUCAGUUAACGGAAUGCAUUUUCCCAGAAUUAAAACUUGCGAAUGACUGAUUUUACUGGGCUUACACAUGAAGAAAAUUUUGGAACUGGAAUGUGGGUAUCACUUCUGUCUGGUACUGUACUUGGGCUAGAGUAAGACUCGUACUUCAAAAGAAUGGAAAAUGAGGAAAGAAGCUCAUGUCCUUGCCUUUGAAGGCAAGACAGCAAAAAGCCUAGCCAUUCCACUGCUGGCUAAAUGUCACUGUAGCAUCAGGCAGACUGCAUUCUGUAAUGGAAGGACCAAGAGGAUUUGUUGGGCCAGUGUUAGUA